GGUAGGAGACAAGAGAGUGGCUACAAUGACUUCAACAGUCUUGGUGGACAUCCGAGAUGAAGUAACCUGCCCUAUCUGCUUGGAGCUCCUGACAGAACCCCUGAGCAUUGAUUGUGGCCAUAGCUUCUGCCAGGUCUGCAUCACAGGACACAGUAAUAAUUCAGUGUUCAGCCAAGGAGGGAGGAGCAGCUGUCCUGUGUGCCGGACCUCCUAUCAGCCUGGGAACCUCCGUCCUAAUCGGCACCUGGCCGCCAUAGUGAAGAGGCUCAGAGAGGUUGCGUUGUGCCCUGGAAAACAACUCGAGGUCAUCUUUUGUGCGCUUCAUGGAGAGAAACUCCAGCUCUUUUGCAAGGAGGAUGGGAAGUUAAUUUGCUGGCUUUGUGAGCGAUCUCAGGAGCACCGUGGUCAUCACACAUUCCUCAUGGAGGAGGUGGCCCAGGAGUACCAG